AUCUUUCAUUUCAACUCUCACGUUUCCAUUUCUCACCAUGCCCAAUCAACUCACCUACACCGAUCACUAUAUCGACGUCGGAGACGACACCGUCAAGACACUGGUCACCAAUGCCCCUGACAUGGUCGAUUCCUGGAUUGAAGACAUCGAGCGUAUCCACCGUCGCCGUCUGAAUCGCCUUGUUGUCGGCCUCGACAUCGAGUGGAGACCUAACUUCACGCGCGUUAACCCAAUCGCCGUACUCCAGCUCUGUGUCGGCCGCCGUUGCCUCAUCUUCCAGCUCAUCCACGCACCCUACAUCCCUAACUCGCUUAGAGAGUUCUUAGAAGCCGGCGCGUACACUUUCGUUGGGGUUGGAAUUCACCAAGAUGCGAGGAGGCUCAUGUCGGAGAAGGGCGUUGACGUGACUACUUGCGUGGAUCUCGGUGGCCUUGCGGCGGAAGUUACCGGCAACCGGAGCAUGAAGAAUGUUGGGUUGAAGGGUUUGGCUCGGGAGUUUCUUCAACUGAAUAUGGAGAAACCGCGGAACGUGGCGCUGAGCAAUUGGGAUGUACGCUGGCUGUCGUCUGAUCAGGUACAGUACGCAUGCACUGAUGCUUUUGUGUCCUUUGAGAUUGGGAGGGUUUUACAAGCCUGGAAAUGGGGUUGAAAAUGUGUUCUUAAUUGCUUGUGUUUAGGGUUUUACAAGGCUGGAAAUGGGGUUGAAAAUGCCAGUAGUUUCUUAAUGGGGAAGAACAAUUUAGGGUUCUUUUGCGUUUAUAUUCUAAUAAUAACUGAACUAAUGGGCGUUUCUAGAGAAGUACUUUUUCAACAUUGUGGUAUUUUGAAUGGAAGGAAUUGGAAGUUUUCUGGUUUGAUGAUU